AUGCAAUCGACUAUACUUCGGUUGAGAAAAGAUCGCCUUAAUCAAGCCAGGGACAUCUUACUUGCAUCCCAAGAGGAAAAAAUGGAUGCGAACGAGGAUAUGAAGCCAAUAAUUAUCAAGGAAAAUGUGUCACUUAAAUCCUACAUCAAGCAUCGCGAAUCUGAGCGAAAGCUGCUUCCUGUUAGCAUUCGUUUGAUCGAUGGAAAAAUUAUAAGUUAUGAAGUACCUCUCUCAUCCCAUGGAGCGGUAGCAGGAAAAAUUUCUUUCUCGAUACAUUCCUGGAAUAAUCAAUUAGACGGCGCAAAUGUAGAGGACCUUAUUGUGGGACCGAAUAGUUAUUAUACUGCUGAUCGACCAAAAGAUCUUCCUAAAGCUCCAACUGGUCAGGGAUCUAACAUGCAUACCCAACAUUGGGAGAUUGGAAUCGGGUUUUGCACAAAAUCAGCUAGCCUAAAUGAAAUGCCAGAUUGCUCGUGGGGUUAUCAUGGCGAUGAUGGAAACUCGUAUUUUGACUCUUAUGACGAACCAUAUGGAACAGAUUUUAUGACCGAUGAUACUAUCAGAUGUUGUUUAAACAUUAGAAAUAGAAUUGCAUUCCGAGAUUUAAAAAAUACUUUGUAUUCUUGUGUUGAAAUAUUGUCGCCAGGUGGAUCUGUAAGAGCAAACUUUGGCUAUAAAAAGUUCAAAUAUACAGGAUUAUGUAAACCUGUAGAAUAUUUUCAAUCAUCUAAAAAUGAUGAAAUUUAUGGUGUUUUACCAUUUGUAGCACCUGAAGUUUUAAGAGGUCAACCUUAUACUUUAGCUAGUGAUAUAUAUAGUUUUUCUAUAAUUAUGUGGGAAUUUAUAUAUGGAAUUUCUCCAUUUGAUAAUGAAGCUCAUGAUUUUCAACUUAGCUUAGAUAUUUGCAAACGUAAACGUCCUAUAAUUAUUAAAAAUAUUCCACAAUGUUAUAUAAAUUUAAUGAAAAAAUGUUAG